AUGUGGAACCGGUACCUGUCAGCUUUGUUCUGUGUGCAGUUCCUCCUGGCACUGUGGUCGCCCCCGGAGUGCCAGGCAUGCCAGGGGGACGAGCUGCCCCGUACGGUGGUGCUAGACUGGCUCAGGCACCGUAUCCUGGAGGGCUUGGGCCUGAAAGAGCCACCUGUGCCUGUGCUACAGCGCCCCCCGGGGGUGAGAAUGGAGAUGACAGCCCACCACCGGGGCACACGAGUGAGCAGAGCAACUUGGGUAAACAGGAAACGGCUACACCAGGAGAGUUCACAGGUCAUACUUUUCCCCAGCUCUGAGUCCACCUGUCAGGACGAGACAGGGCCUUCAUCUGAGGCAUCCACAGGCCACUUCACCUAUUACUUCCAGCCCUCUCUGGACAACCAUGAAUCCAUAAUCGUCUCCGCCCACUUCUGGUUCUACGCUGGUGAAGGAGUGGCCUCUGACAAUAGCUCCGCCCCUCUAUACAUCCUCACAGCCAACCAGGAGCUACUGCUGGUGGCAGACAGGCCGGCCAAGCGCAGCCCGGACGGCUGGACCACCUAUCAGUUGGAGUAUGACCUCCAUCCCACUCUGGGCGAGGGUCCGCUCAUGUUGCAGGUACGCUGCCCCGCCUGCAGCUGCCACCGCCAGGAGGAGGACAAGACGCCCUUCCUUCACCUCCACACCCGGCCCAGGGUGUCCGACCGCUCGCGGAGGGCCCCCACCGUGCCCUGGUCUCCCGUGGCGAUCGAGAAGCUCCAGAGACCCUGGGCGGGAGGUGCCGAGGCGGCCGAGGGAGAGAGCAGCGACUGCAGGCGCGAGCAGAUCGAGAUCUCCUUCCAGGAGCUGGGCUGGGACAACUGGAUCAUUCACCCCAAGGUCUUCAGCUUCCACUAUUGCCACGGCAACUGCUCCAGCCCCGAGCGCACCACCACGCUGCUAGGGAUCAGCCAGUGCUGCGCUCCGGUGCCCGAGAGCAUGAAGUCCCUGCGUUUCACCACCACCUCUGACGGAGGUUUCUCCUUCAAAUACGAGACCCUUCCCAACAUCAUCCCGGAGGAGUGCAACUGCAUCUGA